CUAGCAGGAGCAAACAACAUCUCCAACGUGUGUGUGAAGACUACACAUUAUUCAUUUUAUUCCUAAAAGAAAAGCACACUGUUCACAGGCGGAAUUUUAACGGAAUAUAUAAUUGUUUUGCACAUUAAAUGUCCGGAUAAGCAGGCAAGGAGAUGACGACAGAGGUGGAGAGGCCAGCAGGAGGCACAGCUGACCAGGAGAUGAAAUGUAAUGAAGAGGAGGAAGAGGUCCUGCAAGAAAUGGAUGAUGAAGGUCUACAGGAGGACGCUGACCCCCCACCAGUCCAUAUCAUCCCUAUCCCAGUCCAGCCUAAUGCAGAGAACAGCUGCGGGCCCCUCACAGACAGCAGCGCAAUGGAGUCUGCAGGUGCUUCUCUAAGCUUCAGGGUCAACGGUCAGCUGGUUCCCCUGCUGCCUGGAGGGGGCACUGCAAAGCUGAAGUUGCGCGCUCAUCCUGAAGGUUCAGCCAGUGGUUUCACCACGGUCCAGAUCCCUGUCACGCUGACCCUUCAUAGUCCUGCAGGGAUCCAGUACAUCAGCACCACUGCCUCUCUGAGUGCCGCCCCUGCUCCUGUCCCCACACCCAUCAUCACAGGCGUGAUCUCUGGUGAAGCAGCUGAGAAGGUUCUGAUCGACCACAACGUGAACUUCAACCCUCCGACCGGGUUAAAGAAUCAACAUUCUGCUGCGGCAUCACCAUUCACCUCACCGCAGGCCACGCCCCCCCCAGCACCUGGCAGGACCAAACAGCGUCCGAGCAGCAGAUCUGCAGCACCGCACACACUGCUGCACAAAGGUGAGUUGGGUCCCGUGCGCCCCCCCGACUGCCUCGUCUGCGCAUCGCAGUACAAAUUGAUCACAGAGCUGCGAGGAUUCAUGUGUAUGUGCAGCCCAGCCAUCAUGCAAAGUCUGAGGAACCUGAAGAGGAAGAAGAAAAGCAAACACCACAGGGGGAGCAGGGACAAAAUCAGAACCCUGAAACCCAGCAGAGACUCUCAAACCAACAGUAGGGUGUCCAAAACCAGACCAGGACCCUCUGCUUCUAAAGGUGUUUCUCCUUCUCAGAGGGCUCACUGGUCAUCUGGUGAUCUCCUGACCAGCCAGGUUAGCACCUCCGCCUCCCUUCCUUCCCUCUGCGACCCCUCUGAGCCAGAUCUGUUUGGAUCCCUGCCCAGCUCGCCUCACGGCAAACUUGUGAUCCUCGUGGAGGAUUUUUAUUAUGGCUCCGCCCCCGGACAACACCCUAAGAAAUGCAACCUGAUGGGCGCAAAGUACAGCGAGCCGUACCGCUGCAUCCACUGCCCCAAGACGCUCGGCAACAACAUCGAGUUGAUGAGUCACAUGCAGCAGCAUGUGUCCAUGAUAUUUCAGCAGGACUCUGCGUUCUCAUGUCCUCACUGUUUCCGUCACUUCCUGUCUGCUGGGAAGCUGCAGAGUCACGUGGAGGCCGUCCACAAUCAGUGCGAGUCCAAAGCCACGUGUAGGAUCUGCGAGCUGGCAUUUGAAAGUGAACCUGCUUUCCUGUGGCACAUGAAGACCACCCACAAACCGGGAGAGAUGCCCUACAUCUGCCAGGAGUGUGGCUUCAGGUCGUCCUUCUACUCAGAUGUGUGGUUACACUUUGAGGAGUGUCACGCCAGCACCAGAAACCUUAUGUGUCAAUACUGUCUCAGAGUGUUGCGCCGCAACACCUGCUACCAGCAGCACUUCAUCCGCCACCAGAAGAAGCGCGAGCUUGGCUGUGAUAAAUGUCGUCUCCACUUCCUGUACAUAAAAGAGCUGGUUGAGCACAGAGUUCUGUAUCACAGGACGCACAUCAGACCACCUCAGCUCAGCGGACUCAAAUCUGGAACCAAGGUGACAGUCAGGGCGUAUUCUGUGGUUGGGGAAUCUGAAGGUGAAGGACCUAAGACAACUGUUGCUUCAUGCAAGGUGGUGGAUGUUGCUCUUCCUACGUCUUCGCAGGAAGUUCCUCAGAGGAAACCAGUGGAAACGCUGGGAUCACUGCUGCUCAGCCUGAACCCGGACAGGCUGUCUCGGCCGCUUCAGCGCUGCCUCGAGUGUCUGAACUCAGUCCCUGACCUCAGGACGCACUACCCUUCUCUGGUCCAUUGCUCGCUCUGCAGGUUCAUCACCUGCUGCUCCACCUCCUACGCCAACCACAUGAUCAAUAACCAUGCGACCUGCAAGAAGGUGCCGCCGUACCAAACCAUCUUCCAGUCUGACCCCAAGCUGCCAGACAUGUUGAUGUGUGUGACAUGCAAACUCUUAACCUGCAGAGGAGACUUCAUGGCCAAUCAUCUGACAGAGAAGCCAAAGCACACCUGCAUCAUAUUAGCGCACACAGAGAGUGGGAUGACUUAUCAGAAUGAAACUGUAUCAGAGCCGAGAGAGAGUGGAGCCGACACACAAUCACAGUCUGACAGCACCACAUGUUCUGGCAGUGAGGGCGGAGCCUUCAUCCCCAUCCACCUCCUCCCCUCCAGCUCUACCCAGCUGUCAGUCAGACCCCUUCUUUCCUCCUUCUCCUUCUCCUCCCAACCAGCGAUGACCAUCAAGUUCCUGGGGCCCCGCUCAGUCCCUGGUCAGGCUCCGGUCCCUCUGUUGCUCUCCCAGCUUUCCAUCGUGCUCUCUUCUCUGUGCCACGGCGUCACAGUGGCAGCUCAUCAUCACUGCACAUCUCCCACCACGAUCCGUUCGUGGAUCCGACAGCAGCAGCGCAGCCUGAGGCACCGGAUGUGGAGCUGGAAGACGGAGGAGAUGGCGGAGUGGGUGCUGGAGCGGUGGGAGCAGCAGCAGAUUGUGAGUGAGGAGUUACUGCUCUUGGCAGCGAGGGCAGCUCUGGGAGGGGAUGGCCGGCCGGAGGACUGGUACAGCUGGACCGUGGACUUCAUGCUGAGACACGACCUUGGACCGCAGACCACCAACAGAAAUGUGCCGAAUAGCCUCAACGACAAAAGCCGCUGCUUCAUCGACAUGCUCCGCUCACAGAGUCGGUCUCCUCACUCUCUGGGCUGCAUGGAUGAGCUCCCCGUCUUCAUCGAUUUAGACAAGUUCUCCUGCCAGAGCCCAGCUUCCUUCCAGCUGUAUGGUUUGCCUGAAGACAGGCCCGUGUUUGACGUCAUCAUCUCUGCUCUGUCUGAUGGCGGCUUCCUCCCCCCCCUGCUGUUCUUUACGGGAGCUGCACCUGAUAUUCCUGAAGGGUUUCCUGAGAAUGUGGUGCUGGAGGCUCGACCAGAGGGAUUCACGGAUCAGGACCGCCUGCGCAUCUGGAUUGAAAAGGUGUGGCACCCCUGUGUGGCCGCGCAGCGUAACAGCAGUUGUCUCUUGAUAGCGGAUGUCCAUCGAGGCCACCAGACAGAUGCGUUCAGGCGUGCUCUGUCAUCGGUCUGCACAGACGUCAUCUUCAUCCCGCCAGGAUGCAGCUCUCGUCUGCAGCCGCUCGACGUCUGUGUGACACGGGUGCUUAGGGACUUCCUGCAGACCCAGUGGAUUCAGCUGGUGUCCAUUGGGGGUUUGGAUGGUCUGGGUCUGGAUCAGCUGGCUCUGACUCUGGCCUGUUGGCUCAGCGAAUUUUCUUCCACGCUCAGCUCGGAGAAGCACAUCAUGCACAGGUCUUUCACCUCAGUGUGUAGCCUUCAGCAGAUGGACGAUCAGGUGGAGAUGGCAAAGAUGAUCACAGCUUUAACCACGGUGCUGAUUCAGCCUCCGGAUACAGGAGAACCAGAGCCGGGACCAGGAUCAGAGCCGGGACCAGGAUCAGAGCCGGGACCAGGAUCAGAGCCGGGACCAGGAUCAGAGCCGGUGGAGCUGCCCAAGCUAAAGGAGGAGGGCAGACGGGUGGAGGAGGAGGUGGAGUGUUCUGUUAGACUGUAGUACGUCACAUUUGACCAGGAUACGUUUCGUGGUUUCCAUGACAAACACUACAAACACACCUUUUGCCCGCACUUUGAUAAGAGAGAAGCUGAUCAGUGUUAUUGAUCCUUGGCUGUACAACGGCAGGAAAAACCUCACAUUCUCCAUCAUGCAAACAAGAGGUUGUCAUAAUGUCUCGAGUAAAAUCUUUUCUAACAACAUUUUUGUUCUGUUACUUUUACAUUGAAAAGAAUGAUUGGGAUGUUUUUGUAUUGAAAUAAAGAA